AUUGUCAUUCAGGGGGACUCAAAGUGGAUUGACAUCAGCGGUGGAGAGGUUUCUUUUUCCCCCAUUUUCCUGCCAUUUCAGACUAGAGCUGAAAACAGCUCUCCUCUUUUGCCUGAUUUUGCUUCUCUCUCCUCUCACGUUGCCUGGUGCUGUGCUUUUUCUACGUGUUUUGACUCCUGUGGAAGAGAGGGGAAGAAAUCGAAUCCUUAAACAGGACUGUUGAUGAGUUUAGACUAAGUAGCGGCUCACCAUGGAGCAGUUUGUCCGGUCUACGGGAAUGUGUGGACUCAAAGAAAGACCUGCUGUCUGAUAAAGCACUAUCUGUCCCAGAUAAGUGGAGCAUGCAUCAGAGCUGCAGAGCUUCUCUUUAUGCUGCCUGCUGUGCACUGAGCUGCAGAGGAGUUCUCAUUACAAGCCUGCCUGCCUUCUCCUUACUUCCAUUGUCUGACUGAUUUUGCCAUUGCCUUCAAAAUAUUCCACUUGUCUGUUUUCUCAAAAAAAGGUAAGAAGAUCAAUGAUGAAGAUCAUUGAGAUCUGCAAGUUUGGAGUUUUUUAACGACAGUCAACAUUACCAAGCACACAAGACCAACCAAGCAAAGCACAAUGGCAAGCUCAGUGUGGAAACUACCAACCUUCUGCUGGCUGAUGUUCACAAUGACUCACUUACAGUGUUCAGAUGGGUUUAGUCGUGCAGCGAUGCCGUUUGGCUUGGUGAGAAGAGAGCUAUCUUGCGAGGGUUACCCGAUUGACCUACGCUGUCCAGGAAGUGAUGUCAUCAUGAUUGAGAGUGCCAACUACGGCCGGACAGAUGACAAAAUCUGUGAUGCUGACCCCUUCCAGAUGGAAAACAUUAACUGCUACCUCCCUGAUGCCUACAAAAUUAUGUCACAAAGGUGCAACAAUCGAACACAAUGUGUUGUGAUCACUGGGUCAGAUGUCUUCCCUGACCCAUGUCCAGGGACUUACAAAUACCUUGAGGUCCAGUAUGAGUGUGUCCCCUACAUUUUUGUUUGUCCCGGAACACUGAAAGCAGUUGGAGAUACAUCCUUUCUGUACGAGGCGGAGCAACAAGCAGGCGCAUGGUGCAAAGACCCCCUUCAAGCGGGUGACAAAAUCUAUUUCAUGCCCUGGACUCCUUAUCGCACAGAUACACUCAUUGAGUAUGCUUCACUCGACGACUUCCAAAACACUAGACAGACCACAACGUAUAAACUUCCUCACCGGGUGGACGGCACUGGAUUUGUGGUGUAUGACGGUGCAGUGUUUUUUAACAAGGAGCGGACACGAAACAUUGUCAAGUUUGACCUGAGGACCAGGAUCAAAAGCGGGGAGGCCAUCAUCAACAACGCCAACUACCAUGACACGUCGCCCUACAAGUGGGGCGGAAAAACUGACAUCGACUUGGCCGUAGAUGAGAAUGGCCUGUGGGUGAUCUAUGCCACAGAGCAAAAUAAUGGGAUGAUGGUUAUCAGCCAGUUGAACCCUUACACCCUCAGGUUCGAGGCAACCUGGGAGACGACAUAUGACAAGCGCUCGGCCUCCAACGCCUUCAUGAUCUGCGGAGUCCUCUACGUAGUGAGGUCCACAUAUGAGGACAAUGAGAGUGAAGUCAGCAAGAGCCUGAUCGACUACAUCUACAACACCAAACAGAAUCGGGGCGAAUAUGUGGAUAUUCACUUUCCCAACCAGUACCAGUAUAUUGCAGCUGUGGAUUACAAUCCGAGAGAUAAUCAGCUAUAUGUAUGGAAUAAUUAUUACAUAUUGAGGUAUAAUCUGGAGUUUGGACCCCCGGACCCAGCACAAGUGCCAACGAUAUCAGAAGCGACCAUUAUCACUGACCUCCCUAAAACAACAACUACCACCACCACCACCACUACACAGAAAGGCCAGGCGAACACCACCACCACAGUUGGCCCAAGAGAAGGAAACAAAGGGCCAAAAACACCUCCUGAAGUUCCUGAAACCACAGCCCCACCCUCCCCGGACUCCUUCCCCCUACCAGAAAGGUUUUGUGUGGGUACCGAGAAAAGGGAUAUAUCAUGGCCCCAGACACAGAGAGGAAUGAUGGUGGAGAGGCCUUGCCCCAAGGGAACUAGAGGCACUGCCUCCUAUCUGUGUGUGCUAUCCACUGGGGCCUGGCACCCAAAAGGGCCUGACCUUAGCAACUGCACUUCCCACUGGGUUAAUCAAGUUGCUCAGAAGAUCAGAAGCGGCGAAAAUGCAGCUAACCUUGCAAAUGAGCUGGCCAAGCAUACCAAAGGACCCAUCUUUGCUGGCGAUGUUAGUUCGUCGGUGAGAUUGAUGGAGCAGCUGGUUGAUAUCUUAGACGCUCAGCUACAGGAGUUGAGACCCAGCGAGAAGGACUCUGCAGGCCGGAGUUUUAAUAAGCUACAAAAGCGUGAAAGGACAUGCAGGGCAUAUAUGAAGGCUAUUGUAGAUACGGUUGACAAUCUUCUGAGACCCGAAGCCUUGAAAUCCUGGCAAGAUAUGAACUCCACAGAGCAAACACAUGCUGCAACAAUGUUACUCGAUACCUUGGAGGAAGGAGCCUUUGUCCUUGCUGACAAUCUAAUGGAACCAGCUAUAGUGAAAGUACCAGCAGAAAAUAUAAUCCUGGACGUUUAUGUGCUCAGCACAGAUGGUCAGGUGCAGGAUUUCAGAUUUCCCCAGACCAGUAAGGGUGCUAUUUCUAUCCAGCUGUCUUCUAACACCGUGAAGCUCAACAGUAGAAACGGUGUGGCCAAGUUGGUAUUUGUUCUUUAUAAAAACCUGGGGCAGUUCCUCAGCACAGAAAAUGCCACAAUUAAAUUUGGCAAUGAAGCUAACGGACGGAACCAUUCUGUGGCAGUAAACUCACACAUCAUUGCAGCUUCAAUCAACAAAGAGUCCAGUCGUGUGUUUAUUACGGAUCCCGUGAUUUUUACCCUGGAGCACAUUGACACUGAGCAUUACUUCAACUCAAACUGUUCAUUUUGGAACUAUUCUGAAAGGAGUAUGAUGGGAUACUGGUCUACCCAAGGCUGUAAACGCCUGGACACCAACAAAACUCACACAACCUGUUCCUGUAGCCACCUCACCAACUUUGCUAUUCUAAUGGCACAUCGAGAAAUUGUGGGUAAAGACGGAGUGCAUGAGUUGCUCUUAACUGUCAUCACCCGGGUGGGGAUUGUCGUCAGUCUGGUUUGCUUGGCUGUCAGCAUCUUCACUUUCUGCUUCUUCCGAGGCUUGCAGAGCGAUCGCAACACCAUCCACAAGAACUUAUGCAUCAAUCUCUUCAUCGCUGAGUUAAUUUUCCUAAUUGGUAUCGAUAUGACAGAACCCAGGAUUGGCUGCUCCAUCAUUGCUGGGAUAUUGCAUUUUUUCUUCCUGGCUGCAUUUGCCUGGAUGUGUCUGGAAGGCGUGCAGCUUUACCUCAUGCUGGUUGAAGUUUUUGAGAGUGAAUAUUCUCGCAGAAAGUAUUACUACGUUUCUGGCUACAUUGUUCCUGCAAUAGUUGUGGGUGUCUCUGCAGCAAUUGACUACAGGAGCUAUGGGACAAAGAAGGCUUGUUGGCUAAGGGUGGACAAUCACUUCAUAUGGAGCUUCAUUGGUCCAGUCACAUUCAUCAUUAUGCUGAAUCUCAUCUUCCUGGUUAUUACGAUGUACAAAAUGGUGAAGCACUCCACUUCAUUAAAACCUGACUCCAGCAGGUUGGAGAAUAUCAAUAAUUACCGUGUUUGUGAUGGCUACUAUAAUACCGAUUUACCUGGCUAUGAAGAUAAUAAGCCAUUUAUCAAAUCCUGGGUCCUUGGUGCGUUUGCAUUGCUCUGCCUUCUGGGGUUGACGUGGUCUUUUGGUUUAUUUUUUAUCAACGAGUCCUCUGUAGUGAUGGCAUACCUCUUCACGAUAUUCAACACAUUUCAAGGAAUGUUCAUCUUUAUAUUCCACUGCCUACUCCAGAAAAAGGUCCGCAAAGAGUACAGCAAAUGUUUCCGCCAUACCUACUGCUGUGGCGGAUUGCCCACUGAGAGCUCCCACAGUUCGGCAAAGACAUCCACAACCAGGACUAGUGCCCGCUACUCCUCCGGAACUCAGAGCCGUAUCAGGAGAAUGUGGAAUGACACUGUAAGAAAGCAAUCUGAGUCCUCCUUUAUCUCAGGUGACAUCAACAGCACCUCAACCCUCAACCAAGGGAUGACGGGCAAUUAUCUACUAACAAAUCCUCUUCUUCGACCGCAAGGCACUAACAACCCCUAUAACACCUUACUCGCUGAAACGGUUGUAUGUAACACCCCCUCAGCGCCAGUGUUUAACUCUCCAGUGACCUACAGAGAGACAAGACAUUCACUGAACAAAGCCAGGGAUACAAAUGCAAUGGAUACUCUACCGCUAAAUGGUAAUUUUAAUAAUAGCUACUCUCUUCGCAAUGGGGACUACGGUGACAGUGUGCAGGUGGUGGACUGUGGACUCAGCCUCGACGAUGCGGCCUUUGAGAAAAUGAUCAUCUCCAAACUGGUGCAGAACAACCUCAGGGCCUGCAGCAAAAACCACAACAUGGAGAGAACUUCCACCAAAGUGGCUGUGGGCGGGAGCAGCAGCGAAGAUGACGCCAUCUUGGCUGACGCCUCAUCUUUGGUGCACGGGGAUAACCCAGGCCUGAGCCUGGAUUUACACCACAAGGAGCUGGAGGCCCCACUCAUUCCCCAGCGGACUCACUCGCUUCUGUACCACCCGCAGAAGAAAGUGAAGGCUGAGGGCAUGGACACUUACGUCUCUCAGCUCACGGCUGAGACUGAGGACAAUUUGCAGUCGCCAAACAGAGACUCGUUGUACACUAGUAUGCCUAACCUAAGAGACUCUCCCUACCCUGAGAGUAGCCCCGAUGUAGAGGAGGACCUUUCACCUUCUAAGAGGAGCGAGAGCGAGGACGUUUAUUACAAGAGCAUGCCUAACCUUGGAGCUGGAAACCAGCUUCAGGCUUACUACCAGAUCAGCAGAGGCAAUAGCGACGGAUAUAUUAUUCCUAUUAACAAAGAAGGCUGCAUCCCUGAAGGAGAUGUAAGGGAAGGACAGAUGCAGUUGGUGACAAGCCUUUAAAUGUAUUUAGAUACCCCCCUCUGCCCCCACCCCCUAAGACACACACACACACACACAUGCACACACACACACACAGGCACGCACACACAUGCGUGAGCCUUUUUGACCAUCCUGGCAAAACAACAUGAAUGAUAUACUGUCGAAGAAUUUCUACUGAAACAAAACUCUACCCACCAACUGCUCUUCCCGUGGCUCAUGUACCCACUCCCCUCGUCUUCACAGACAGACUGCAGUGUAUGGACAUUGCUCUGCACUAGCAUUUACAUUGCUGUGAAGUUUUUAAAAGACUGUGUAAAUACUAUACAGAAUGUUUUAAAAAAUUAAAGACAAGCCAAUUAUGUAUUUAAAUGUUCUGCUGCUGCUGUUGAACGACCGAAAAGACAGAAAACGUACUGGCCAUUCCAAUUCAGCAGUUUUUCAGCAGGUUGUACAUACACCUACAUCAUUGUUUUUUUCAAAGCCUGUUUUGUAUUAUAUACAAAAUCAAGCUCCAGGACCAUAACUGGAACUAUGGGACUGAAAUUUUCCUGAUGAGACAAUUAAAUUAGGAAUAUAAAGGUCCUGGAUUCUAGAACAGACUCAUCCCCACCCUUGUGAAGAUUGGAUCUUAUAACCACUAGCAAUCAAGCCCCAGGCCUUAUAUUUUCGCAAUUGUACAUUGAACUGUUGUCAAGGAUAAUGGUGAAAAAUAUAUUUUGUUGUAUUGCUAGUGUAAAAUAAAAUUCAUGGCAACCAGAAAUAUAAAAGAAGACAUUUUAAUUAAAAUUUUAAAGUUUGAAGAGACUAUUGUGUAAAAGUUGCACAUAUGUUAUGAAAAUGUGUUUAUUCUUCUUACACUUCAUUCAUUGUAGUAUGUUUGAACAAAAAAGAUAUAGAAAUUAAAAGAUCAAAAUACAAGGUUAUCUCAUUCUCACUUUUUCCACUUGUGAACAGUGUUUUUGCUGACAUGAAUCAUACAUAUUACUCAUCAAAACAGGAUAACAUAUUUUUUAUUUUAUUUUAGUAUAGCAUAAAAUGAAUUCCCUAUUUCAGCCAAUAAAGCCAUGCCUUACACAAACCUGGUCUGAAUCAGAUGGGAAACCUAAAUUUUAGCUAAUUAUAUCAUGAAGAAAUAAGGCACAAGGCACUUAAGACAUCUCUAAGAUUUUAUAUCUCUUCCAAAUAUGUUUCAGCUGACGGGUUUGGGUUCAUUUAUUUAUUUAAAGAUCAUGAAGAAAGUGUAUGAAUUAUUAUUUUCCAGCACUGGUAUGCUUAGUUCAUUCUUUUCUGUAAACAUGAUUAAUAAAGAGCCCAUCACUAAAAAAGAAACCAAUGUAAAGUUCAACACUUGUUUAACAAUAAAUAAAUGUGAGAGUUUUUGUCAA